AUGCCUGACCACCCAGGUAUCGGGCGUGUACUUGAUACGGCCUGGGCUGAUGUCGAAACUGUUCAAAAAUGGAAAAACAAAUUCAUUGAUUGCCAUGGAGCCAAAUGCGAAAAUCCUCUCAAAGUAUGGCCUACUCGCCCUGCUUGGCUAGUCGACGUGCAGAAGCAAUGUAUUGUCCCUGGCAACGAACCCGUUGACUGCGUCGCAAUAAGCUACACUUAUGGAAGCCAUACUCCGCCAGCGAUUAUUUCGACCGCCUUUAAAGAGCUACAAAAACCCUUUGCUCUGGAAACUUCCGAGUUCUGCAACUUUGUAUCGCCUAUCAUCCGCCACGCCAUGCAUCUGACCUCGGCCAUUGAGGAACGGUACCUGUGGGCUGAUUCACUAUGCGUUACCCACCAUGAGCCAAAGGCUGCUUCUGAGCAGUUGAGAUCAAUGGGAGUCAUCUACGCAAAUGCAGUUGUGACUAUCAUUGCCACAGAUGGUGACUUUGGGUCCGAGAUAUCUGGUAUCAAAGGGAUAUCCAACCCCCGAGGGCUGAACCAGAAUAUGAUCUUCUUUCCAACUCAGCUUCAAACUUACUAUCAGAGAGGUUGGACCUGUCAGGAAUAUGCGAUGGCCAAGAGAAAGAUUAUCUUUUAUAAACACGAGGUCCAUUGGGUAUGCUCAUGCACUCUCUGGCAUGAGGAGCUCACGUUGUUCACUGAGAUCGAUAAUGAGCUGAAUCCUCAGUUCAAGUUUGUCAUGGCUGGGUUCCCGGAUGACUCAUCCCUUUCCCGUUAUUUUAACGAAUACAACCAGCGGUCUUUGACCUUUGAGCAAGAUGCUCUCUCAGCUCUGUCUGGUCUACUAUCAGUAUUCAGUCGUUCCUUUGAAGGUGGAUUCCUUUAUGGGAUUCCGGAGAUGUUCUUCGAGCAUAGUCUCUGCUGGCGAGCAUCCGGCACUAAAGGUCUACAGCGUCGCGUCGCAUCGAGUAGAUCUAUGGAAUGUCGAUUUGAGUAUUCUGAUCUUCCUUCGUGGUCCUGGCUAGGUUGGAAAGGCUCUAUCCACGACCGCAGCCAAACAGGAAGCAGAGUUGGCAGCAACUAUAUUUGCGAAGAAGAGUAUGUUGAAGAAGCAUCCCCUAUUACUGAAUGUAAACCUAUGCCACCUGGAUGGAACCGUGUAUUUGCACCAGAAAAUGAGUACCAUAUCGACCCCGAUUGCUGCAGUAAAUAUCUAUUCCAGCACGAAUCUAUGCUUCAGACACAUGAGAAACGUUCGGAGUGGUACUACCCAUUCGCCGUGAGUGAGAUCCAGGAAUCAACAACCCCCUUCAUGCCAGAACAAACCCCAUAUCUAUUCUGUGAGACAGUCAGAGCCAGGCUGUCAAGAUAUCAGCAGGACUCUGAUAAGCUCCAAUUCCUUUGGGACAACGAAACAAAGCUCUGCGAUAAGACUUGGGAAGAUUAUUGGACAAUUGCACCUCCCUAA